CUGACCCCCUGAGCCACAGAAGACCACCUUUAGAAGUUCGAAAGCCAGGACAGGCCUGCCGCAUGGGGUUGAAGCCCUGAGGUCCCCUCCCCAUUGGAUAGAAGCCCCUACCCCACCACCCUGCUGUAAGGCAGAGGUCCUGAGCCUCCUCGCUCCCCACCAAGUCUGAAUGCCUAAAUCAAAGGAACUUGUGUCUUCAAGCUCAUCUGCCAGUGAUUCAGAUAGUGAAGUUGACAAAAAGGCAAAGAGGAAAAAGCAAGCAGCUCCAGAAAAGCCUGUAAAGAAACAAAAGACUGGUGAAAGUUCUAAAGGUGCAGCUUCCUCUAAACAAAGCAGCAACAGAGAUGAGAAUAUGUUCCAGAUUGGCAAAAUGAGGUAUGUCAGUGUUCGUGACUUUAAAGGGAAAGUCCUAAUUGAUAUUAGAGAAUACUGGAUGGAUCAAGAAGGUGAAAUGAAACCUGGCAGAAAAGGUAUUUCUUUAAAUCCAGAACAGUGGAGCCAGCUGAAGGAACAGAUUUCCGAUAUUGAUGAUGCAGUAAGAAAACUGUAAAGACAGCCAUACAGAAACUUACUGUUUUAGUUGUUUUAAGCAGUCUUUUUACACAUUGGCUUUUGUUUUCUAAAAUACUUGUUUUCCAAGCUAUUGUAUAUUUGGAUUGCAAAACAAUUUGUAAGAUGAAUACUUUUUUUUUAUGUGCAUUAAAAGUGUAUUCUAAGUGAGGCUAUUUGUGUAUACUUUAUUAAAAAGGAAUGAUUUGCUUUCAACACAGUGUAAAAUAAAAACCAAUCCAGUAAUACUAUAUAACGCAUACCUGUUUGUGGCCUUCCAGCUAACAGUUUUUAGUCUCCUUUUCUUUAAUUUUGGUUUCAGUUCAGUUAAAAUAUGUUCAUAUUAACUGUUAAUCAGGCGACAUUAAAAAAAAAAAAAAAAACUUGCCCUUAUUGCAAAUAUUCGUAACUUUUAUAUUUGAGAUUUCAACUCAGUCCAAAUAAUGAAUAAUUAAAAUAGUUUUUGUAGAUAAUCUUAAAUACUGUUUUUGAAAAUUCACCACAUUAUUCUUACCUAGAUAAGUACAUAGGUAUUUGGCAUUGCUUGCAUGAAGUAUUACACUAAACAAGCUUAUGUGAUUAUUCCACAAUAACACUUGGACACAAGCCACAUUCUUCCUUUUCAUUCUUCUGCAGGUCAUUUGACUUAGAAAAGAUAAUUAGCUUUUAUUCUUAGACACUAGAUUUUUAGUAUGGUAUACAUACAUAUGGUAAGAUUUUUACCUCAGAAUAUGAUUUAUUAAGAUUGUAUUUCAAAGGUCCCAGCUUAAACAGAUGAAGUAAUAACCUUACUUAUCUACUCUUUUCAAGCUUUGCAUUAGAUUAAAAUAGUUUUUGAACAUACUAUCUGAUAUCCAGGGAUUAUUCUAAUUGGCAAGAACCCUUACCCUCCCUUGAUAGAGCUCUUAGUCAUGCUCGACAAUUCUGCUUAAGCAUGGCUAAAACUACCGGUAGGCUAUAAUACAGUUGGUGUAGAUUGAACCAAGCAGGGUUAAAACUGGCCUAGCCAAGGUUUCAGUGUGGGCUAAAACAGUUCUGCUCUGUCCAUAUUGCUUGAUCAGGCCACAUGUGUGGCUUACAUGUGCACAGUUGUUUUAGCCUUUUGGGAAGGGCAUGUUUGGUGCUGGCAUACAGCAGAUCAUGAUUUUAGUGAACUUCACUUGGCUAUCUGCAUCCUGAUCUGAAGUAGAGUGAUGCUUCUUUUCAGUAGGAGGUGAGGUAGUGUAGAUGCAAUGUAACUGAAGGGAAUUUUGAUAGCUAACUUAAGAUACUUUUAUGCUUUCCCUUUCAAUAUUCUUGUUACAGUUGGGAGUGAGCUUAUAAAGGUCACUCCUAUAUUAAAAGUUAUCACACCUUAUUUUUGUUAUCAGUUAGUGGAUGAAUUAACACUACAUUAAAGAAAUUUAUGUUGGGGGCGGUGCAUGUGUGUAUCUGAUUUUCAAAUUGCUUUAAUCCAAGGAAGAAGAUAGAGACUUCAUGAAAAUUGCAGUUUUGGGACUGUAUAUCACUGAAUGUACAAAUACUGAAUCUGCUGUAUUUUUCCCAUUUAAUGUUAAACUAUUGUAUUUUUCAACAUGUUUAGAUAACUGGUUUUUGCUAUUCAUUUAAUUUCAGAAUAUCUUAAUAUUGUUUGCUGUCUAGGUCAUAAGAACAGCCGUACUGGGUCAGACCAAAGGUCCAUCUAGCCCAGUAUCCGGUCUACCGGCAGUGGCCAAUGCCUGGUGCCCCAGAAGUCAUGAGGAAUUUAUUGAUAUUGCAGAUGUUCAGAGGCCCUGUUUUAAGUGCCAUAUACGCUGACUAUCCCUGCCUUGAAGAAUUUAUAAUCUAGUACACAUGAUACACGAAGCCUGAGGAGAAAGGGAUCUAAUUAAACAUACUGUUUAAUUUACAUAUGCAGUAUCAUAUUUUCCUCAUUUGCUCCUUAACCCAGUCAGCAAUGAUUUCAAAUGUGACUAAUCAAAGAGGUGAUUUAGUCCCUUGUCACUUAGAAGAACUUUGAGUUCUUAAAGUGCUAUUUGUGGGCUGGAGGGGAGGACGAGGCAUGUCUGAGGGUAGCAAUCUCAUCUUUAGCUCCACUGUCCUUUUUGAAUAAUAUCCUUUGCUUGCAGUGUAUCUGCACCAGAAAGAAUAGUAAAUAAGUACCUGCCAAAAUUCCACAGAGAAAUGAAGGAAAAUAAUUGCUUACAGACCUGUAUUCUUGUUAACAUUACUUAUUCUAUCUUUGGAAGAGUUUUUUUGCCUACUUUUGCAAUAUUUAUAUCAUAAUAGAUUUUAUAGUAUGCAAAAUCUAACUAGAAAUCUCACCAUUAAAUCAGAAACUUUGUAACUUCAGACUUCACCUGCCUUACCUCAGUUGUUUCAUCUGGUUGUUUUGAAGAACAGAAUUGUAACAACGGAGGGAGCAAUGUAACUUCUCCUUAGACGGAUUAGUGGUUGUCACAGCACUGUGCCUUGAUGUUCUUGCAUGGUAACUGUGGGGUAGGGCGCAAUAUAAGAAAUGUGUGUGGGUUAAGGAGAGAUCGGAAGUUGAGUUCUCUGGUGUUGGGAAUGAAUGAGAAGGCUUAAUAGGGUUGGUGUUAGUUUUAUUGGGGAAACAAUGCUGGCAGAGAUUUAUAGAAGCAACUAAUUUUUUUAGCCAAGGAGUAUUGGCUCUUUUUACAGACAAAUUACAGUUUUAGCAGGGAUAAUUUGAAUUUACUGAAGCUGUUAGAUUUUACUUAAUCCUUGGUUUUGUUGGCAUUUUUUACUUUUUUACAUUAAAAGUUUGGUACAGAUUCAUUUUACUUAAAACUUACUACAUUACAAAAACAAUUUUUUUAACCUGCCAGCCAUAUUUCCUUCUGAAAUAUUUUCAUAAAGCUUUGUCUAUUUUACUUCAGAGCCUUCCAUUCCCCAGCCCAUUUACAGCAAUAAAAUGCUCCUCCAAAAAUACGAAGUAAUUCUCUCAUCAGCCAGUCAGUUUCAAGAUUUAACUCAACAUGCUCUCCAAAAUAGGAUGUUUUGGAACAUGAAGAAAGCUGGAGUGCUGAAUGGCUGAUGUGGAGGUAUUUAUUUAACAAUGGUGAAUAAGUGUUCCAUUUUAAGAAUUCUGCAUCAAGAAUUACAAGAAGUAUUUAAACUGCAUCCAUUUACAUCAUAUGACUAUUAUCCAAUGCUAUAUCAUUCUGGUUUUAAAAACAAAUUGGAAGGAUUGUAUGUCACAUCUAAAAUUUGGAUAAUUGACUUGCGAAUUAAAUAAAAAUUGGUGGUUAUAAGUGUACUUGUGAAAUUAAAGUGCACAAGAAAGAAAGAUGUUACAUAGUAUUGACUUCUUCAUAUAUUCCAGUUAAAUAGGAACCAGUAAGAAGAGAGAUGUACAAGUUUGAUGAUCAGUAUUUAUAUAGUGCAUAACUGCAAAAUAUUAAAUCUGUUCCGAUCCAUAAGAUCUCAAAGUGCAUUGAAAGUUUUGCCGAAAUAUAGUCUCAGUGCUAAAUGAAUACCUCAUAAUGUACAUUAUCCUUAUGUACAGGUAUUCAUUUCAUUCCUAUUAAAAUUAAACAGAUGUAGUAGUAAUCUGAUAUUGACUGUUAACAGAAAUACCCCAGCAACAAUACUUUGUGUUAUCUGUAAGCAAAAAAAAAAUGUACAAAACAAUAGUUGUAAUUCUAGUAACUAAAAUGUCAUUUUGUUAACUGUGUGGAAUGUAUGUAUGUUUUGGUGGUAUCUGCUAUGGAGAUACCACUGGAAAUAUGAACCAUCCAAUUGUAAUUAUCUUAAAUGUUCAAAUAAAAAUUAAAAAUGAUAUGCAUGA